GUGAUUGCCAUUUCUCCCGCCAAAAUUGCACGCCAAUUCCACACAGCUGCAGCAGCAGUAUAAAUUGAAGCAUAACAAACUCUGAGCUCGAAUUGAGGAAACUAAUAUUAAUUAAUUCAUAUAGAAAAUCUCACACUGCAACUAUGGAUAAUCCAAGUUCACCGCCGCCAAAUAUGCCCAGCGAUGUGGUCGAGCGUCGCGAAUCGCGAGCAGCAAUGACUUCUCCUGUUGGCGACUUUGAGCCUUUCGAGAAUGAAGAUGAAAUUUUGGGCGAUCAAACAGUACGAAACGAGGAGGAGGAUGAUGGCGAGGAGCUUUUUGGCGACAAUAUGGAGAAUGAUUAUCGCGAAAUGCCUGAGCUGGAUCACUAUGAUCCUGCCAUGCUGGAUGAUGAGGAGGACUUCUCCGAAAUGUCGCAGGGCGAGCGAUUUGCAGCCGAAUCAGAGAUGCGUCGUCGUGAUCGUGCGGCUGGUAUUCAUCGGGAUGAUCGUGAUUUGGGCUUUGGUCAAUCGGACGACGAGGAUGAUGUAGGUCCACGUGCCAAACGACGUGCGGGCGAGAAGGCAGCCGUCGGUGAAGUAGAAGACACAGAAAUGAUCGAAUCUAUAGAGAACUUGGAAGACACCAAGGGGCACUCCACCAAGGAGUGGGUAAGCAUGCUGGGUCCGCGCACUGAAAUCGCAAAUCGUUUCCAAUCAUUCCUGCGCACUUUCGUUGACGAUCGUGGCGCUUAUACAUAUCGUGAUCGCAUUCGGCGCAUGUGCGAACAAAACAAAUCUUCGUUCGUGGUGGCCUACACGGAUUUGGCCAACAAGGAGCAUGUAUUGGCUUACUUUCUGCCCGAAGCACCAUUCCAGAUGCUUGAAAUUUUUGACAAAGUGGCCAAGGACAUGGUGCUCUCCAUUUUUCCCACCUACGAGCGUGUGACUACGGAAAUUCACGUGCGGAUCUCUGAGCUCCCGCUGAUCGAAGAGCUGCGCACCUUCCGUAAGCUGCAUCUCAAUCAGCUCGUACGCACCUUGGGCGUAGUCACUGCCACAACGGGUGUGCUGCCACAGCUGUCGGUGAUUAAGUACGAUUGCGUUAAGUGCGGCUAUGUGUUGGGUCCCUUUGUGCAGUCGCAGAAUACGGAGGUUAAGCCGGGCUCUUGCCCCGAGUGCCAGAGCACGGGACCCUUCUCAAUUAACAUGGAGCAAACUUUGUAUCGCAACUAUCAGAAAAUCACGCUACAGGAGUCGCCGGGUCGCAUACCUGCCGGUCGUAUACCGCGCAGCAAGGAUGUCAUUUUGCUCGCCGAUCUGUGCGAUCAAUGCAAGCCAGGCGAUGAGCUGGAAGUCACGGGCAUCUAUACGAACAACUAUGACGGCUCGCUGAAUACGGAUCAGGGUUUCCCUGUCUUUGCAACGGUCAUUAUAGCCAACCAUGUGGUGGUCAAAGACUCCAAACAAGUAGUGCAAUCGCUGACGGAUGAAGACAUUGCCACCAUACAGAAGCUGAGCAAAGAUCCACGAAUUGCCGAUCGAAUAAUGGCAUCCAUGGCGCCAUCAAUUUAUGGCCACGAAUAUAUCAAGCGGGCUUUGGCUUUGGCUCUCUUCGGCGGCGAGUCAAAGAAUCCGGGCGAGAAGCACAAGGUGCGUGGCGACAUCAAUAUGCUCAUCUGUGGUGAUCCCGGUACGGCCAAGUCGCAGUUCUUGAAGUACACAGAGAAGAUAGCACCACGUGCCGUUUUUACCACUGGCCAGGGAGCCAGCGCUGUGGGCUUGACCGCCUACGUGCGUCGCAAUCCCGUGUCCAAGGAGUGGACACUUGAGGCGGGCGCAUUGGUGCUUGCCGAUCAGGGCGUCUGCCUGAUAGAUGAGUUCGACAAGAUGAACGAUCAGGAUCGUACCUCCAUACACGAGGCCAUGGAACAACAAUCGAUAUCCAUAUCAAAGGCAGGUAUUGUCACCUCGCUGCAGGCCCGAUGCACGGUGAUUGCUGCUUCUAAUCCCAUUGGCGGUCGCUAUGAUCCCUCGAUGACCUUUUCGGAAAAUGUGAAUCUCUCGGAACCAAUUCUAUCCCGUUUCGAUAUAUUGUGCGUGGUCAAGGAUGAGUUUGAUCCCAUGCAGGAUCAGCAGCUGGCCAAAUUUGUCGUGCACUCACACAUGAAGCAUCAUCCCAGCGAAGAGGAGCAGCCUGAGUUAGAGGAACCGCAACUGAAGACUGUGGACGAGAUACCACAGGAUUUGCUUCGUCAAUACAUUGUCUAUGCCAAGGAAAAUAUACGACCUAAACUAACAAACAUUGAUGAGGACAAGAUUGCCAAAAUGUACGCGCAGCUGCGUCAGGAAUCCUUUGCCACUGGCUCGCUGCCUAUUACGGUGCGUCACAUUGAGAGCGUCAUCCGUAUGGCAGAGGCGCAUGCGCGUCUGCAUUUGCGCGAGAAUGUGUUGGAGGCAGAUGUCAGCAUGGCCAUACGCAUGAUGCUCGAGAGUUUCAUCGAGGCGCAAAAGUUCAGCGUAAUGAAAAAGAUGCGCAACACAUUCCAAAAGUAUUUGGCCUUCCAGAAGGAUCACUCAGAGCUGCUCUUCUUCAUAUUGCGUCAACUAACGCUCGAUCAGCUGGCCUACAUACGCUGCAAGGAUGGGCCCAGCGCCACACAUGUGGAGAUCAUGGAGCGUGACCUGCUGGAGCGUGCUAAACAGCUGGAUAUUAGCAAUCUGAAAUCAUUCUACGAUUCGGAACUGUUUCGAUCCAAUGGCUUCUCCUACGAUCCCAAGCGACGCACCAUUCUGCAGAUUGUGGUCGAUGGCGCUGCCUAAAAUACAGCUACCUAUUCGCCCUAUUCGAAGAGUUUACCUGAACACGUUUACCUUUUUCAUCUCAUUUAGUAUUAGAAGCGCCACGUUUAGUUUACCAUUUUCAUGUUUUAUGUCCAAUAAAAAGCUGGUUAUGCAACUAC